AUGGGUAAAGCUAAAAAAACAAGAAAGUUUGCUCUAGUUAAGCGUACAUUAAAUACAAAGAAGGACCCAAGAUUAAAAGCUAAUCAAGAAAAACAAGCAAAGAAGGAUGAUCCAGAAUUAACAAGGAAUAUUCCACAGGUUUCAAGUGCACUUUUCUUUCAAUAUAAUGAAGCUAUUAAACCACCAUAUCAAGUUCUUAUAGAUACAAACUUUAUCAAUUUUUCUAUUCAAAAGAAGAUAGAUUUAGUGAAAGGCAUGAUGGAUUGUCUUUUAGCUAAAUGUAAUCCAUUGAUUACAGAUUGCGUUAUGGCCGAAUUAGAAAAGUUAGGUCCCAAAUAUCGUAUUGCAUUGAAAUUAGCUAGAGAUCCAAGGAUAAAAAGAUUAACAUGCACACAUAAAGGUACAUAUGCCGAUGAUUGUAUAGUGAAUAGAGUUUUACAGCAUAAAUGUUAUAUUGUGGCUACAAAUGAUGCCGGUUUAAAGCAAAGAGUAAGAAAGAUACCAGGAAUCCCACUAAUGAGUGUAGGUGGUCACUCUUAUGUAAUUGAAAAAUUACCAGAUGUAUUUUAG